AUGGCACCACAUACGGGAUAUUCGUGUGUCGGCUGUGGUUGCAAUCCUAUUAAAGAUUUUCGAUAUGGUACGGACAUAGGUGCGACCGCUAUCGGUGUCGUUGGUACUGUACUUGGCAUUGUCGGUUUAUUCACGCCACUCGCUCCUGUUGCUGCUGCAACACUAAUAGCUACAACUGUCGGAGCGGGAACCUACGGUGCUAAACGCAGUACAUAUGCACUUGUUGAUCGUACUACACAUGGUCAAUCGAUCAAUCCUUUUACUGAUAAAGAUUCAUUUUUCUGUUGGCUUGGUCUUGUUGGUGCCAUUGUUUCUCUUGGUGCGACAACGGCAACAAGUGUUGUGUCAUCAAUGGCAGCACGUGGAACACAUGUUGGUCAAUUUGCACGUAUUGCAGCAACAACUGCUAUUUUUGGCAGUGUAGGAGUCAAUAGCGUACAACAACAACGUUACGAUCAAAUGCGUCCGUUUUUAAAUGCAGAUCAGCAGAAAGCUUUCAAUCAAUUGAUUGAACAGAAUCGUGCUGAAGCCAUGGCGUCAGGAAAUGCAAGAACAGGUGAAAUGCAUGGUGGUGAAAAAACUAUUCGUACAAUCAAUAGAGCCUUCACCGAAAACAAUCUAAAUCCAUUGAUCGAGAAGGCUGCUGCUGCAUGUGAAACAAAAGCAUGGCAGUUGUAUAAUGCUGCAGAAGAUAAUCUGGCAGCUAAUCCAAAUAUGCCUGAUGGACAAUAUUUGAAAGAAGUGAAUCAAGGAAGAGAUAUGAUGAGGAUAGCAUCUGAUGUUAGAGGUGAACAUAUGACUUCAGCAGACACUUUGAAACAACAAACAGCUGUAAAAGCUCAAAAUUCAUUGAAUCAGCAAACGCCAUUACAAACUUUAAGUGCAGUGAAACAAAAUGCGCCUGGACAAACUCCAAGUUCAUUAAAUCAAAUUUCAGCCACAGUCAGUCAAGGAUUGAGAGCUCAAGAGGACCAAAACAUUUAUAAUUCGGUUAAGUUUCGUAGUGAUCAACAACAAAAGAAGAAACAAAAAAUUAGAGAACAACACGAUUCAAAUCCAGACGAAAGUGACGAUGAAGAUUGUAUCUGUCGAAGUGUUACCAUAAAGGUUUUAUAUGUUAAUAUGCAUAGUGUGAAGCCGAAUAAAACACGUCGAGCGAUACCUAAUAAAAUCCAACGGUUAAGAAAUCUUAUAUUGAUGCAUCAACCUCACAUCAUUGCUAUUGUUGAAUCAUGGCUGAACACUGACGAUGAUAAUGAACAGAUACUUUCCUACUUGAACUUAGCUGAAUAUAGAAUUUUUCGACAAGAUCGAGGAUAUGGUCAUCAUCCAGGUAAUGCUUAUGGUCAUACAACGACUGGUCUAGAAGACCGAGGUGGUGGUGGUAUCUUAGUACUCUGGAAAAAGUCCCAUGAUUUCAAUGUAGAUUUCAAUAGACAACCAGCUGAAGACUAUGCGGAUAAUGCUGUAAACUUUGAUCUUGAUUAUAAAUUUCAAUGUGCAUAUUGUUCUAAUGGACAGCCAGUAAAGAAAUAUGGAUUUACUGUAGCUUACAGACGACCAGGGCCAUUUGCGGAUCAAGGCAAGUAA